AUGUCGGAAAGUAGCUCCGGAGUAAUAUUCAUUAAUCCUAUGCAAAGCGAUAUUAUAAAGCAUAGUAAUGGAAGCAUAACAUUUAAUGGUAAGGACGAAACAGAUUUAGCUCCUUCAAGGCACCGUCCAACGAAAAAGUACCAACAGACUGAGUCGCAAAGAGUAAAUCCUACCCAAGUCGAAAUUAUGAGACAUAGCAAUGGAACUAUAACACCUAAUGAUAGUCAUUAUUCAGACGAAACAGAUGUAGCUGCUUCCAGAGAGCCUUCAACUAAAAAGCAUCACCAAAGUGAGCCGCAAAGGGUUCAUAUAAUAUGGGAUCUUUUCGCUGCUGCGUCCGUUUUGACUUUCCUCGCUGACAUUUCUUCAGAUAUAGCGGUGUCUGUUCUUUAUUGCAUCGACGGUUCUUAUUUAUGGUUUUCAUUGACAAUAGGAUUUGUUAUUUUGUCGUCGAUUGUUAUGCAAGUUUUUUCUGCGAAGUGGUUUUACGAAGACGAUGAAGAGCUGACUUGGGGAACAUAUUUAUUGCAUAUUUUUCAGUUGGGUCCUCUUAUGAGGUGAGCAUAAGUUUCUAAUGCACGGGAAAUUGUUAAAAUAUUUAUAGAGUCUGGAUCAUUCUUGGUAAGAAAAAGACAAGGAGAGAGAAUGUUCAUUGUGCUUUACUUUUUUUGUAUAUAUAGUAUACUUUUUGCAGGAAAAAUGCGUUCUCAGUUAAAACCAGAAUUUCCUUACUGAAAAUGUUGUUUCCUCGAUCACUGAAAAUGAUUUGGGACAGGAAACGAAGGAAAUUCUGAAUUCAAAAUAGCUUGGAAACUGGUUUAACCUGAAAGUGGAUUUCACCAGAUUACUGUAAUAUCAUGGGUGAUGAAUUUCUUUCAAAACUUCAGAGUUAAUUGAAAAUUUCACACAUGAAAUUUCAAAAUGUCAUGGCAACCUUCCAUAUUUCUCAGUGCCCGAGAAAAAGGUUUUUUCAAAUGUUAUGAAUGAAGAUGUCAAGGCAUUAAAAGAUUCUGUAGAAAACCUAAGUACAUGAGCGCAUCAAGAAGGAUUCUAACAGGUUUUUUGCCCCUUACCCUUUUUUAUACCAUUUUUUACGAAAAAGGUAACACUUUCAUAUACCUUCUAUUGACAAAUGGUACCCCUUCCACAUACCUUGUUUAUAACCUUUCACUCUGUUUUAAAUAGGAAUCAAUCACAAAAAUAGCAUGUUUUUUUUUACUUUAUAAAGCCCUAAAAUUCAUCUGUUAGCCCUUUGGGUCCUUUCACAGACCCAAAUGACAGAUUUCCCUACCCUUUCAUAUACCUGAGGCCUGGAAAAAGAUAGCCCUUUCGGUCGUACCCUCCCCAUAUAGGCCACCUAGGGAGUAACCCCCACUUCCCCGGGGUUGGAAGAUGUAGCAUAAAGCAAAGUGCAAAGUGAAAACAGCACCUAAAACAAAACUUAGUGGCAACACUUAUUAGUUUCUACAUGUAUUUCAAAAAUCUUGUUUUUUAGGUUUUGGCGUGUCAUAAAAGCUGGACGGCGUACUCGUCAAAAAAACUCAAAUGAUAGCGAUUAUGAGGCAUACCUAGCUGAAUGGAGAGACAUUUGCAUGUUGAGACUGUUUGAAUGCUUCUUAGAAUCAGCACCUCAGCUGGUCCUUCAGCUUUAUAUCAUGGCUUACAACAGAAGAUUUGAGAUUGAAAGUGAUCUCUUCACAGCCCUUGCAGCUGGUAGUUCAUUAGUGUCACUUGGAUGGGCAAUUGUAGCAUAUACCAAAGCACUCAGAGAUUUCUUAGGAAAAGGAGAUGGUGGCAUGUCGUGGAUUGGGUUUUUUUUACAGACUGUAUGGCGCAUGUCUAUGAUUGCAUCUCGAGUUGUGGCAUUGGUGUUGUUUGCCUCUUACUACACCAUCUGGUUGUUUGUUGCCAUGGCAGCACACUGGAUUAUGAUGACAUCUUGGCUUUUUUGUCAAAAGACUAGCUUUUGUGUAGACGAAUAUGGGAGGAAACAUUGUUGCCGAGAGUAUUUGUUUAACACAGUGAUUGGCUUUGUUUACAUCUUUUGUUUUUUCAAUAUCAAGGCAGGCAUGACACGCAUUCGCGUUAUCCCAUACUAUGUGAUCAUGCUAACUGAGAACACAGUGUUCAUUGUAAUGUGGUACCCAUAUAGAACACUUUAUGGUGAAAUUGAGGCUGCCUCACUUAGCAUUGUUUGGGGUGGUUUUGCACUUGGUUGCAUUUGCAUGGUGUCCUAUUACCGCUUUUAUCAUCCAAGUAUCCCAGUGAAAGGAAUAUGUGUCCGACAAAGACAGCUGGAAAUGGAAAGUAACGAACCUGCCACAAUUUAUUGGUGUUGUUGUUGUGAAAUUCAAACCAAAUGUGCAAGUGGAGAAGAAAAUGAAAAUAGGUCUUCCUUUGCUAUUCGUGAAAGACCUUAUUAUGAUCCAAGAAGAAACAUGCCGGCCUCUGCACAGGCACAUGGAAGGUUACCAAUGGAUGUUGAUAUUUUGCCACACAGAAAGCCAAGGGAAAGUGCAUUCAGUUCUUUAAGGAGUGCAGCAAAUCAGCCAGCAAGUAGUAAUGGCAUUGUUCAUGGCAUUCGGUUAAUGUACAGACAAUCUGAGUGGUUGUAG